GCCCUACCUCUCUACUCUUCGUAAUUUUUAAUUGACGCCAUGUUUAAAAUGUUGAGAUGUGUUAUGUCCACGCGUGAGGCUACUAAUAAAAAGUUAAUUAGACAGACGAUUAGUGUAUGUGCAUUUUCCACCAACAAUCGGUUGCUAAGCGGGUACGAUCAAGAAAACGCAAGCGAAUCCAGGAGGCAGAGUGUAGCUGAAUAUUAUGCUGGUAAAUCAGUUUUCAUCACUGGAGGAACCGGAUUUCUGGGCAAGGUUCUGUUAGAACGUCUAUUAUCAACGUGCGGAAGUAUUGACAAGAUAUAUCUGCUGGUGAGGGAGAAAAAAGGACAGCCUAUACAAGUGAGACUGAAACAACUGUUGGACGUUCCACUCUUCGAUAACUUGAAGAGGGUGAAGCCGAGUAGCUUGAGUAAAAUCGUUCCCAUACGAGGCGAUAUCGCAAAGAAUAAGCUGGAGAUCUCAGGAGAAGACGAGGGGAAAUUGAUUGAGGAUGUAAAUGUCGUAUUCCACUCAGCCGCGACUGUCAAAUUCACUGAUGACUUCCGAACAAUGAUGACAGUCAACUUUGAGGGGACCGCAAAAGUUUUAGAGCUGAGUAAACAGAUAAUAAACUUAGACACGUUCGUGUACAUAUCGACCGCAUUUUCGAACUGUAACAAACCUGUGAUAGACGAAGUGAUCUACCCACCACCGAAGCCGAUAGGCGAAGUUUACAAAUUCAUCGAGAAAUAUGGCGACAACCAAGAGAAGAUAAAUAAGUUCUUAGAUGGACUACCGAACACCUAUACAUUUUCGAAGGCGCUCUGUGAGAACCUGGUUAAAGAAAAGCACGGCGAUUUGAAGACUAUAAUAGUCCGACCUUCAAUUGUGUCACCAGCUUUGCAGUCGUCCCUUCCCGGCUGGUGUGACAGCUGGGUCGCUGCUACGGCGACCUUCAGUGACGUGGCCCGAGGCCUCACCCGCGUGAUAUAUGGUAGCAGUGACGUCACAUGCAACAUGAUACCGGUGGACUACGUAUGCAACCUGGCGAUCGUUGCAGCCGCGAGGGGCAAUCCGUCUAAUGAAACCAUAGUGUACAACAGCUGUAGCUAUCCAACUAAUUCAAUCAGCUGGAAACACGGUGCAGAUCUGUACCUCGAAGAGAGUCUCAAACAUGGCAGAGUUCCAGGUUCGCUGAGGCCGAGGAAAGUCGCAGUAUCUACGUCACCUCUGGUGGUGUCGUACCUGACGUUUACUCGGCAAACUGUUCCGGCUUUCUUGGCAGACCUGUGGUUACGCGUCCGUGGGCAAAAACCAAGGCACAUGCAAAUGCAACAGAGAUCUGUGCUCUUAAGAGACUUACUUCGCGACUUCACUUCAACCAAAUUGUCUUUCAAAAUGGAUAGAUCCCAGCGUCUUAUUGCUACAAUGAGCGAGGAGGACAAGAUUUUGUUCCCGUGCGAUCCGAAAACCGUGAACUGGAAGGAAUAUAUUAAGGACUUUUACAAUGGCGUACAGAAGUUUAUGUUGAGAGAUAAAUAA